UUGGAACAAUACAUGAAUGAAUCAAGCAAUGAUUGGAGAUCCACCAAGCCACCUGCCAGUUUAGUCCACCUACAUUUUCCUCACAUAAAGAUGGACUUUAGGACAUUUGGAAUCUUUUUACAAUGUGCCCUGUCCAUAAGUGUAUUGCUAUCUGAAGUUUCAGCACAAGAAACAUGCGGACAGCGGCCGUUGGUGGACGAUCCAGGAGGGUCACGUGUUGUUGGAGGGCGCAAUGCACCUUUGGGUGCAUGGCCUUGGCAGGUCAGCGUGCAGGUGAGGUCCUGGCACCUCUGUGGCGGGACCGUCCUCAACAGCCUCUGGGUGCUCACCGCUGCACACUGCUUCACUAUCGUUCCACCCCAUAGGAUGUCCAGUCUGCGCGUGGUGGCAGGACUCAACGUACUAACAGAACCAGGGCGGUACUCCCAGCGCCGCUAUGUUGUGGAGGUCAGAGCUCAUGAGAAGUUCCACCACCCCAGCUACUCCAACGACAUAGCUCUUCUGCAUCUCAGCUCUCCCCUGGAGUACACAGACUUUGUCCAGCCUGUCUGUACAGUGGAAGACGAGAUGGAGGAGUUCAACUUAAACCUCAACCAGUGUUUCGUCAGUGGUUGGGGCAGCACUUCUUUCAAAGGAAAGCCAAUGGACACGCUGCAAGAAGCUGAGGUGGAGUUGUUUGAGCAAAAUACUUGUAACCAGAUCGACUGGUACAACGGUUACAUCAAGAAUGGAAUGAUCUGUGCUGGCUCUGAGACCGGGGUGGUCGACACAUGUCAGGGAGACAGUGGAGGUCCACUCCAGUGCUUCAGUGAGGAUCAGGAAAAAUUCUACAUUGUUGGCGUGACAAGUUUUGGGGAUGCCUGCGGAUUGCCUAAAAGACCCGGAGUGUAUACUAGGGCCAGCAAGUACUCAGCUUGGCUGAAGACAACUCAGUCAAAAUCCCUGUCAGCCGUCUGUCAGCUAGAUAACAGUUUCAUCUUAGUCCUGUCCAGUGUAGUUUCUAGACUUAUCUGAAUGAGGUGAACUGCUGAAUCUAGUCCAGUGUUUGACAUAAACUACUCUCUCAUGGAUGGUCAUUACAUUUUGGUUUUGAUGACUUUACGUGGUCAAUAGUUCUGUCACUUCUCAGGAGUAGCCUAAAUAAACCAUAUUAUUCAAAGGCUCUGUAGGCUAUAUUUGAUGGGUCAUUUCAACAAUUUUAUGACUUUUGACGGAUAAACCUGUGAAAUGCCAUAAGGCCAUUGUUUCCACUGUCUUACUUUAUCAUAGUAGCUCAUAAAAACAUUAGCUAGGCCUUAAGGAACAUGAAAUUAAAUGUUGUAGCAUACUACUAAUUUCUUGAGAGAAUUCUAUACUAUUAUAUUCCUUAUGCCUACUAGCCUACUUAUAUUGCAGCCUUUUGAUCUCACAGGUUGCCAAAAAUGUCAAGUUCAACCACUGAGCAGUGGCAGCUCGCCAAUUAGUGUUAGGGGCGGCACCCUGCUUGUGAUUGGUUAUAUAAUUCAUGGAUUAUGUUUUAAAUGCGAUGUAAAUGUUUAAAUUUUCCUGUUUCAAAACAAUUUGAGUAAUGUUCUUUUUCAACAGGGUUUGCAUGAUUCAGCUUAGCACAUUUGGUAAACAACAGCUGGCAGAGCGCACCAAACCGGGUCAGGGUGUCAUGGCAUACUGUACCCAGUCAACACGCUGGGCUCUGGCGUAUUCCGUUUGAGAUACAGGGGAGUCGGAAUGGACUCGGACUUGGGUGGUUUCAUGCGGGCUGAGAAUUUACAGAGUCCGGCAGAAUCAUAUUACUCUGGGUUAAUGGUAAUCGGGCCGAAUCCACUUCAGCUUAUACAGCUCAAUACAUUUUUUCAGGAGUAAGGCCAUUUAGGUUUUUAUUACACUCUAAAAAUUAUGGGUUCUUCUAAGAUCCUCAAAGUUCAUUGAAGAACCUUAGGGUUCUUGGCACUGAAAAUGGCUCCCAAAAGGUUC